CGUCGUACCUCGUACAAUUGUUAAUAAUUAUUAUCGAUAUUUAUUAAAAAUUCGCCUUCCGUCGUUAUUUCUGGCUUUCUGCGGAGUUCGUUGUAAUCGUUGUAUCGUUGUCGGGAAUAACGACAACGACGGCAAGUAGCAACGUCGAGUGAAAAACGAUUGUCUACGCUUCUAGAACAACGACGGUCACCGAUCACGCUGCAUUCCAAUAAUGUCCCAGUUUAUAGACUCGGAAGCGGAAGAAAGUGAAGAUGAAGAAUUGGAUGAGAUAAAUAAAAAAAAGGCAAAGAGAAUUAAGUCUAUGCAAAGUGAUGAUGAUGAUGAUGAAGAUGAUGAAGAAAAAAUUCGUGAAGAAUUAAAGGACUUAAUUGACGAUAAUCCAAUUGAUGAAAGUGAUGGUUCUGGUGAUGAAUCAGAUGGUUCGAAAAAGAGAAAAAAAUCUGAUGAUGACUUUGAUGAUCGAUUGGAAGAAGAUGAUUAUGAUCUUAUUGAAGAAAAUCUUGGUGUUAAAGUUGAAAGAAGAAAACGAUUCAAAAGACUUAGACGUUUGGAAGAUGAAGAAAGUGAUGAUGAAGGUACUGGUGAAAAUGCUACUGAAGAUCGAGAAGCUAUUGCUAACACUUUAUUUGAUAUGUCUGAUAAUGAAGAAGAAAGAACAACUGAUCGUGUUUCUUCAAGAGCUGAACGGGUUGAUACUUAUGAUGUAGAAGGAGAUGAAGAAGGAGAAGGAUAUUCAGAUGAAGAUGAUGAUGGGUUUAUUGUAGAUGAUGAGGGACGGCCAAUUAAAGAGAAAAAGAAAAAACGUAAACAUAUAUAUCAAGAUGCUGCCCUUCAAGAGGCACAAGACAUAUUUGGUGUUGAUUUUGACUAUGACGAAUUUGAAAAAUAUGAUGAUGAGUAUGAAGAUGAUGUGUCUGAUGAUGACUAUUUGGAAGAUGAAGAAGAUGGCGAGAGAAGGCAAAGGCCAAAACCUCAAAAACGUAGAAAAGCUACUAGAAAAUCGAUAUUUGAAAUAUACGAACCAAUUGAGUUGAAAAGAGGUCAUUUUACAGACUUAGACAAUCAGAUUCGUAAUAAUGAUAUACCUGAAAGAAUGCAACUACGUGAAGUUCCAGUUACACCUGUACCUGAAGGUUCUGAUGAAUUAGACGAUGAAGCAGACUGGAUUUACAAACAAGCAUUUUGCAAACCAACUAUUACUACACAAGAAAACAAAGGUGGUGUUGAUCCUCGACUUCAAUCCAAGAAAGGACCUCAAACUAUCGGAAAAAUUAAAAAAGCGUUAGACUUCAUGCGGAAUCAAAACUUUGAAGUUCCUUUUUUAGCAUAUUACAGAAAAGAAUAUGUUGAACCUGAACUUGAUAUCAAUGCUUUAUGGAGAGUUUACCAUUUCGAUGCUAAAUGGUGUCAAUUGAAAUCUCGCAAAACCAUGCUAAUUGAAUUAUUAGAAAAAAUGCGAAAUUAUCAGAUGGAAAUGUUAAUGAAGGAUACAAAUGCCCCUAUGCCAGAUCAUAUUCGCAUUAUCAAGGAUGAAGAUAUUGAUAAAUUGCGUGCAGUACAAACAAAUGAAGAACUAAAAGAUAUUCAAGGCCAUUUUAUGUUGUACUAUGCCAAUGAUGUCCCCGCGAUGCAAGAAUGUGCUAGAAAAAAAUCUAGAGAAUCUAAAAUAAAAGCUAGAGAACUUAGGGAAGAAAGAAGAAAACUUGCAAUAGAGGCUGGUGAAGAUGUACCUGAUGAUGAUGAAGAUGAUGGUAAUUUAGACGAUGAUGAUUCAAACGUUGAAACUGUUAAACCCGCAAGUAGUUCGGGACCUUAUACUAUGUGCCUAAAAUCUGGACUUGCUGGGUUUGCAAAACGUUUUGGUUUAAAACCGGAACAUUUUGCUGCAAAUGUCCGUGAUAAUUAUCAAAGGCAUGAAGUAGAUCAAGAAUCUGUAGAUCCUUAUAAACUUGCCGGCGAAUACUGUAAUGAGUUAUUAAAAACCCCUGAUGAAGUUUUAAAGGCUGGCAAAUAUAUGGUAGCAUGUCAAUUAUCUCGAGAGCCACUCAUAAGGAAAUGUUUGCGUGAGACUUUCUUUGAUCGAGCUAAAAUUAAUAUUGUACCAACCAAACGAGGAAUCAAAGAAAUUGAUGAAAAUCAUAAUUGUUAUUCAAUGAAGUACAUUAGACGUAAACCAGUGAGAGAUUUAGUAAGAGAUGAUUUUUUAAAGUUACAAAUGGCAGAAGAUGAUAAAUUGCUUACUAUUUCGUUUGAUGAAGAAGUAGACGGUCUAGGUUCUCUUCCAUAUAUAGAAGAAGUCAAACAGCUAUAUAUAAGAGAUGAAUUUAGCUCAAAUGUACAACAAUGGAAUGACGUGAGACGUGAAUGUGUUGAUUUAGCUUAUAGAAAAUUAUUAAUGCCUGAAAUGGUAAAAGAACUCCGACGAAGUCUACUAGCUGAAGCUAAAGAGCAUAUAUUAAAAUCUUGCAAACAUAAAUUAUCAAAUUGGCUCGCUAUAGGUCCAUAUAAACCAGAAGUGGAUGAAGAUGAUGACGACUGGGAUACAAGCAAAGGCAUUAGAGUUAUGGGAUUAGCUUAUUCGCCUGAUCAUGAACAGGCAUCAUUUGCAUGUAUUUUAUCAACUGACGGUGAGGUUGUCGAUCAUCUACGUUUGCCAUAUAUUAUGAAAAGACCGUUCAAUGAUGAUGUAAAAGCUAAAAGAGAUGGAGAUUUCAAUCAUAUAAAGAACUUUAUACUCUUUAAAAAACCCCAUGUCAUAGUUCUUGGAGCAGAAUCUAGAGAUGCAUUGUGGUUAGUUAGAGAUAUCAAAGCAGUUGUUGACCAACUAGUAGUUGAUGAACAAUUUCCUCAAAUACAAGUCGAAAUUUUAGAUAAUCAUCUAGCUAGAAUUUAUGCCAAUUCUAUUAAAGGAGAAAAUGAAUUCAGAGACUAUCCACAACUGUUACGCGAAUCCAUCUCUUUAGGGCGUAGAAUGCAAGAUCCUUUAGUUGAAUUUUCUCAAUUGUGUUCAACAGACGAUGAAAUAUUAUGUCUUCGCUAUCAUCAGUAUCAAGAAGUACUGAAUCAAGAAGAAUUACUUGAAGGCUUAUAUCAAGAAUUUAUAAAUCGUACUAAUGAAGUAGGUGUUGAUAUAAACGAAGUGGUUCAACGAGUUUAUGCACCCAACCUAUUACAAUUUGUCUGUGGUUUAGGACCUCGUAAAGCUACUGCAUUAAUUAAACUAAUGAAACAGACAAAUCAACGAUUAGAAAACCGAACCCAAUUAGUUACUGCAUGUCAUAUGGGUCCUAAGAUAUUUAUAAAUUGUGCUGGAUUUAUUAGGAUUGAUACCAACUCUUUGGGUGAUAGUACUGAAGCUUAUGUAGAAGUUUUAGAUGGAUCUAGAGUACAUCCAGAAACAUAUGAAUGGGCCAGAAAAAUGGCAGUUGAUGCUUUAGAGUAUGAUGAUGAAGAAGCAAAUCCAGCAGGAGCUCUAGAAGAAAUUUUAGAUGCACCAGAAAGACUAAAAGAUUUAGAUUUAGAUGCAUUUGCUGAAGAAUUAGAAAGACAGGGUUUUGGUAAUAAAAGUAUCACACUUUAUGAUAUACGCCAAGAGUUAAACCACCGUUAUAAAGAUAUUAGAGUAGCUUAUAAACCUCCAAAUUCUGCACAAUUAUUCGAACUACUAACUAAAGAAACCCAGGAAACAUUUUUUGUUGGAAAAAUGGUUUUAGCUACUGUUGCUGGAAUUGCACGUAGAAAACCACAAAAUGAUCAACUUGACAAAGCAAAUCCAGUGAGAAAUGAUGAAACUGGCUUAUGGCAAUGUCCAUUUUGUUUUAAGAACGACUUCCUUGAAUUAUCAGAUGUAUGGAACCAUUUUGAUGCUGGUGGUUGCCCUGGUCAAGCAUCAGGAAUUCGUAUAAGAUUAGAUAAUGGUAUAAKUGGCUUUAUAGCAAUGAAAAAUUUAUCAAAUACCCAUGUAGCCAACCCCGAAGAUCGAGUUCGUUUUAAUCAGGCAAUACAUUGUAGGAUUAUCAAAAUUGAACCAGAUAGAUUUUCAUUUGAAGCUACUUCUAAAAGCUCUGAUUUAAAAGAUCAAGAACACCAUUGGCGUCCCCAGAAAGAUCCUUAUUAUGAUCAUGAAACUGAAAGCAGACAACGAAAAACUGAGUUAGACAAGAAUAAAAUAAAAAACGCUCAGACAUAUAUUAAACGUGUAAUUGUGCACCCAUGUUUCCACAAUGUAUCUUUUGCAGAAGCUGUUAAAUUAUUGAAUAACUCUGACCAAGGAGAUGCUAUUAUUAGACCAUCUAGCAAAGGUGCUGACCAUUUAACUGUUACUUGGAAAGUAGCUGAUAAUGUUUACCAACACAUAGACAUAACAGAAAAAGGCAAAGUUAAUGCUUUUUCAUUGGGACGUUCACUUUGGAUUGGUACUGAAGAAUUUGAAGACCUAGAUGAAAUUAUUGCACGUCAUAUCACUCCAAUGGCAAGCAAUGCUAGAGAAUUAUUACGUUUUAGAUAUUAUCGUGAUACAGAUGGAGGUAAUAUUGAAAAAGCCGAGCAAAUACUUAGAGAAGAAAAAACUAAUAAUCCUUCAAAAAUCCAUUACAUUGUAUCUGUAUCACAGAAAUAUGCAGGCAAAUUUCUUCUAUCGUGUUUACCUASUCGUAGAUCGAAACAUGAAUACAUAACUGUUACACCAGAAGGAUACCGUUUCCGUAGCCAAAAUUUUGAUUCUAUUGGAUCUUUAUUCCGAUGGUACAAAGAACAUUUCCGAGAUGCUACACCUCAUGUAACACCAAUAACGUCUCGAUCUGCUGGACAAACUUAUGGACCUUCUCCGCAUACAGAACCUUCGCCAAUGAAUCGCAGUCAUAGUAGCCACUCAAAUGCUACACCUCAAUAUUCCCAAUCUCCUCAUGCAUCAUACAACAACAUGCAGCAAUCUGCAUAUAACACUCCAUACACACCAUCGGGGCAGACUCCUUACCUUGGCAAUUAUGCUACUCCUCGUUAUAGUGCUGCUCAAGCUCCAGUUCAUGAUGGUGUGUUUCUUCAUCCUAGCUCCGUCACACCAAUUGUUCAAAGUAGUCCGAAACCAUCUCCUUCUAAACCACCUGUACAAUCUGCAGAUCCAAAUGAUUGGCGUCGAAUGGCUGAAGAAUGGGCAAAAGCUAAACAACGAGGUGAUGGAGGAUUUUCUACACCCAUGUCUGACGGAGGAGGACGGCACACACCUCGUAGCAGAUACAACAAUCAUCGAUAUAAUAUGAACCGAGAAAGAGAAACAAGUAUACCACGCAGCGAUGCUCCAUCACCUACCCCAAGUGCUUCAUCAUACGGAUACAACUCUCCAGCACCAUCAAAGACCUACAAAAGUAGUUAUAUAACAUCUUCACAUAACUCAUCAAAGUCACCCCGAGGCCCAUCGUCUAAUUCUGGUACACCAUAUGAUCCAUUUACAAUGGAUCCUGGACAAGAUUCACCUGGAGUAUAUGCUUCAUCAUCCCGUUCAGUACGCAAUGAUGAAAAUGAUCCAGACUUGAGAUAUGCGUCGCCUGGAUCAAGAUGGACUCCACGGUCUGGUCGAUCAACUCCCCAUACCAUUAAUAGCCCAAGAUCAAUGGUUGAAUCGUCUAUGGGCGAUAAUACACCACUGUAUGAAGACUAAAUGGAUUGAAAUUUCUCAUUUUAUUUUAUUUUACAUAGUUCCGUUUCCAUUUUUAAGUAGGAAUAUAUAUUUUUUUAAGAAKGUCAAUAAAAUAAAAAUAUAUAUAUGUAUAAGUAA